AUGAGCUCCAAACCCAAGACAGGUGUACCUCACCAAGUACGCACAGCAGCAGAACCGCGCCAAAAUAGACUGUUUACAGUGCGAUUAACGCAUAUUGACGAACUCAACCCGACUGUCCGUCUGCUCCAAUUAACCAUCCCGCCUAAUGUACAGAGUCUAGAGAACGACAUUCAAGAUGGCGAUGAAGACAAAACACCCCAACCCCUAACCUUCCUCCCCGGUCAAUGGCUAGACGUCCAUAUCCCAACCAUUCCCAAUGCCGGCGGCUUUAGCAUUACCUCCACACCAGCAGAUGCAAACGUCCUACCAAUUCCCGAGCAACCGCCAAAAGAGCAUUUUGAUUCCGUCGCGGAGCCUGGUCUCCCACCUGUUGACUCUGCAGGGAGACCACCCUACGUCGAAUUGGCUGUGCAGAAGGCGCUGUCGAAUCCGGCGAGCGCAUGGCUUUGGAAACCCAAGGAUGAGAUCCUGGGUACGGAACUGGGGAUUCGUGUAGGUGGGGGUUUCGUCUGGCCGCCGUCAGGGAUUGAUCUGAAUGAUGUCCGGAAUGUAGUUUUGAUUGCUGGAGGUGUAGGCAUCAACCCUCUCAUCUCAAUUCUCUCCCACCUAAACAAUAACGAAUCCAACACCGUCCUCCCCAAUCCAACAAACAUCCAAGUCCUCUACUCCACUCGCCUCCCCGACCCCACUCCGUCCUCGACCGAAACAACACUAGACCAAAUUCUCUUUCUCUCGCGUCUCCGCCAUAUCACCCAGUCGCAAUGCCAAUCGCAUCGUCUGCGCAUCGGACUUGAUCUCUUCAUCACGGAUCUACCAGAUAAUUCGCCGCUAAGGACUGCUCCACCGGUCGAUAUUUCUAUUCAUCCACGGAGGAUCAGUCGUGAGGAUCUUGGAGUGGUUGUUAAGGGAGCGGAUGGGAGUGUUAGGCCGGAGGAGACGGUGUGUUAUCUGUGUGGGCCGCUGGGGAUGACGGAUGAGUUUGAUGGGAUACUUCGAGGGCUGCUUGGAGAUGGGCAGGAGAGGAUUUUCUUCGAAAAGUGGUGGUGA